AUGUCUGCCCCGUCGGCCUUCGCGGCUGGCGCUUCUCCAUCCAUGCCUGCCGGCAGUCAUGAGGUACGAGACUACUACUCCUACCAAAGCCCACCUCGGUCGCUACCACACACUGCACCAUCCAUCACACCCUACCUUGGCCUCCGGGCUCGAUUAUCGCAAAUAUGGAUCAAUCGAUGGACCAUCCUUCUCCUACUUGUCCUUGCUCGAACCCUUAUCGCAAUCUCUGGCAUCGACCACAACCUGGCAUCCGCUCGGCGCGAAGCUCUCUCGGCAUGUUCAGACGUUGAAUCGAUGGGUUCUGCCAUGGCCUCCAUGCCUCACUACAUGUCUCAAGGCGUGAACGAGCUGGCUGCCACUGGCAUUGAGAAAUCGGUCAACGGCCUGAUUCAGAUGUCGACGAUGGGCGUAACUGCUGUUGAGGAAAUCAUGGUGUUUGUAAUCGGGAUGAUGACCAACACCUACCUCUGCCUCAUCACCUUUGCUGUCAGCGGAAGCCUGCACUCAGUUAUUGGCGUGCUGGACUCCGCUCAAGAUGGUCUCAACAAACUCACUCAGACGCUCGGAAAGGAUUUGUCGGGCGCCGUAGACACCUUCGAAGAUGCAUACAACAGUUUCAUCGGCAAACUCGAGAGCUUCAUCGCUUUCGGACAAACUGUUGAUCAGCCAUCUCCUCUCAAUCUCACUUCGGAGAUGGAUGCGCUGAAAAAUCUCAAACUCCCAGCAAAUCUUGACGCCGAUCUCAAGAAACUCAACAACUCAAUCCCUACAUUCGAUCAGGUCAAAAAUUUCACUGAAAGCAUCAUCCGCCUGCCGUUCGAGGAAAUCAAGGAGCUCAUGAACGAAUAUGUGGGCAACUAUACCUUCGAUCGAUCUUUGUUCCCCAUCCCACAGAAAGAACAACUCAGUUUCUGCAGCGACAAUGACGGGAUCAACGACUUCUUCGACGGCAUGGUUGACCUUGCUGCUCUCGCACGCAGAGUCUUUAUCGGGGUGCUCCUUACCCUCGCAAUCCUGGUCAUGAUCCCCAUGGCGUGGCGCGAAAUCAAGCGAUACCGAAAGAUGCAGGAACGCAGCCAACUGGUCGGCUCCAACGCUCAAGACCCCAUGGAUGUUGUGUACCUGGUCAGCCGACCCUACACCUCCUCCGCCGGCGUCAAGCUCUCCAACAAUUUACAGUCGCAGCGAAAGAGGGACUUGGUACGUUGGGUUGUCGCAUACGCCACAUCUGACGCAGCAUUAUUCGUCCUUGCACUGGCCAUCGCCGGCUUGUUCUCUUGCGCCUGCCAAGCUAUGCUACUUCAUUCGCUGGAGAAGGAAGUGCCAGACCUUGCCAAUCAAGUGGGAGCCUUCUCCGACAAGGUCAUCGCGUCACUCAACAAUGCAUCUGAGCAGUGGGCUAUUAGUACUAACGCGGCCAUCGAGGCGACGAACAAGGACAUCAACCAAAACAUGCUGGGUUGGGUCAAUACGUCGACAACUGCGAUCAAUGAUACACUUGUCGCAUUCGUCGAUCAGACAACGAAAGUCCUCAAUACCACCUUUGGCGGCACUAUAUUGUACGACCCGAUCAUGGAAGUCCUCAACUGCCUUGUUCUGCUCAAGAUUCAAGGGAUCGAGAAGGGACUUACCUGGAUUCACGACAAUGCGCACAUUGACUUUCCCCUGCUUCCGAAUGACACUUUUAGCACAGGUGCUGUGGCCAGCCUGGCAGACUCUAGCAAUCCUUCGGACUCAUUUCUUGCCAGUCCGGGGGAUGCUGCUAGUGACAAGGUUACCUCAGCUGUCGCCAGAUUCAUCGACGAGCUGGAAGAGGCCAUUCGUACCGAAGCGAUAAUCUCAACUGUCAUCUUGCUUGUCUGGAUCUUUGUCGUAUUCCUUGGCAUUGCCCGAGCAUUGAUGCUUUGGUACGGCCGCGACAAGGUCCGAGGCGAAGGGGGCGCUCCCGCGAAUGCUUCGACCAUUGCACCAGGCAAUGACUUUCGCUCCGACGACCAAGACCGGUACGCGGGAUUUGCCGAUAUUCCGUUGAGCAACGUGAACAAGAAUCGGCCAAUGUCGCCUGCGCCCGAAUACAGUCCACCAGAAAAGUCUGUUCCACAUGAGGACGAUUACCAGGAUUCAAAGCUGGGAUUCAGCGCGCGACACAACAGCAAGCACGGCUUUAUUUGA